AUGCCCGCCGAGGGGAAAUCCAAAACAUGUGACUCUCCAUACCCUGCUAUCGAGGCGGUAAUCCGACCGUACUCACAGUAUCCUAUCCCAGUAUGGAGCUUGUCAGCACUAUUCCUCGCUUCGUCAUUUGUUCCACCAAGGCCGUUCUUCCCUCCAAUAAUGCACAGGAUUGGGUUUGGUGCCAUCUUUGCAGGUGCUGGCUACGUACUCUCCACAGGAGAUACACGGAACGGUAGCGGCAUCACUACAGCCUGGUCACUGACAUAUCUUUUCUUCAACAUGCGAAAGUCUCUCACCUCCAAUCGCAGUGCUGUCUCACUCGCUCUUACAGGGGCAACUUUAGCCUCGACUGCUCUGUAUGGGAGCGAGUACUUCUUGUUACAGACAGAUGACUCGUGA